GCCACAGAAAGUCAAAGACAAGCAUCAAACCGGAUGUUUUUGGUCUUUCACUCAUGAUGCAGCUUCUCCUGGUCCCGGCCGUCCUGGUGCUGCUCCACCAGCUCGCUCCGGCUGAUGGAGGCCAUGUGCUGGUGUUUCCAGGGGAGUAUAGUCACUGGUUGAACAUGCGGAACAUCUUGGACGAGCUGGUGAAGCGGAACCACUCCGUCACCGUGUUAGUUUCUGAAGCAUCUCCGUCCGUGGACUACAACAACAGCCGCUAUGCCGCCAAGUUCAACUUCCUGGUUUACAAGGUUCCUUUUACCAAAUCUGAGCUCCAUGGCCUCACUGAAGAGUUAAUCAACUUCUCCAUGUUCGAGUGGCAUCGUUCUUCGAUGCUGAAAAAGAUUUUGUGGAGUCAUGAUUGGACGUCACGUUCCAUCGACAUCAUGAUGAGUCAGUGUGACUCCAUGUUUAAGGAUCAGCAGCUGAUGGCGACUCUGCGGGACUCUAAGUUCGACGCCGUCCUUCUCGACCCGGUGACAUUUUGCGGUGACCUGGUGGCCGACCUUCUUGACCUUCCUCUCAUCAUCUCGCUGCGUUUGUCGUUCGGGGGGGUGAUGGAGCGUCACUGCGGCCAUGCGCCGGCUCCUCCCUCAUUCGUCCCUGCCGCUCCGCUGCCCUACAGUGACCACAUGACGUUUGUGGAGCGACUGAUCAACACAGUGACGUAUGUGUCUCUGUCUGUAAUGACCGAGAUGUUCUGGAGGCUAAGGGUGGAUAAGUACUACACAGAGGUCAAAGGAAGUCCCACCAGCUACUGUGGGACUCUGGGAAAAGCCGACUUGUGGUUCAUCAGGACUUUCUGGGACAUCGAGACGCCAAAGCCGAUCCCGCCCAACUUCAAAUAUGUGGGCGGUCUGCACUGCAAACCGGCCAAUCAGCUGCCAGCAGACAUGGAGGAGUUUGUUCAGAGUUCGGGUGAUGCUGGCGUGGUGGUGGUUUCCUUUGGCUCCAUGGUAACCAACUUCACGACAGAAACCGCUGAUGUCAUCGCUGUUGCCCUCGGACAGAUCCCGCAAAAAGUGAUUUGGAAAUACAAAGGAAGUAAACCAAAAACUUUGAUGUCAAAUACGAGACUUUACGACUGGAUUCCUCAGAACGACCUGCUGGGUCACCCAAGGACCAGGGCGUUUGUGACUCAUGGUGGCACCAACGGUCUGUAUGAGGCCGUGUAUCACGCCGUGCCAAUGGUCGGAAUCCCGCUGUUCGCAGAUCAGCCAGAUAACAUCGCCCGCCUCACUCGCCGCGGCGCCGCUGUCGUCCUCGACUUCAACAGAAUGACGUCCGACAUGCUGAGGCAGGCGCUGCAUGAUGUCAUCAACCAGCCAGGGUACAAGUCCAGCAUUCAGCAUCUGUCGGAGGUACAUCGUGACCAGCCGGUGGCGCCACUGAGCACAGCCGCAUUCUGGGUGGAGUUUGUGAUGCGACACGGUGGAGCGCCACACCUGCGGCUCGCAUCAAAUGACCUGAACUGGUUCCAGUACCACAGCCUGGACGUCGCAGCUGCCCUGCUGGUUGUCUUGAUGAUCACCAGCGCCCUCUGCUGGACGGGAAUCCGCUGUUUCCUGCUACGCUGCAGACGAGGCCGACGAGAAAAAACCGACUAAAGAUUUAACUUCCUCGUCGGUUUUUAUCUUGAUUUGUUUAAAUUUUAUGUGUAAAAUAAAUGUGAUUUUAUAAAACACA